UUCAAAUCCUCGAAGCUCUCGGUGGCAGCGGACCAAAUCUGGUCAGCCAGCAAAAGUGACUUCAAGGCUGAUGACAUAACCGUCAAGUUGGAUCUUGGCAAAACGCUUGCCAAGAACAAAACCGAAAAAAAUGCGGAGAAUACGGAAAAAAUCGAAACCCAAGGCUUCAUUUUUGGCUCCAAAUUAGCCGAGCGGGUCAUCCUCGACUACAGUAGGAACGAGUCAAGCAUUAGCAGCAUAUUGAAGGGAGUCGAAGCAUCGGGAACCGAUUCCAAGGAGGAGCACCCCAUAACAGUAUCAGCAGUUUUUGAAAAAAUCAAACAGAAGGGUGCUUCGUCAUCUUUUAUUACCAACCCGAAAUCGGAGAAAUCGCCCACUUCUUUUGUGGACAAUCAAAAAUCAAAAGAAUCCCUGAAUGACAGUGCACGAACAUCGUCCUCCUCGUACUCGACAAUCAGCGACGAUAAAGAGAAAUCAGAUCCCGGGAAAGAUGCGUCAGACUCGGCGAAAGAUGAAGAUGCUGAAGUUGUUACUGGUGAGGAAGACGAGAUAAAUCUUUAUCACACCACAUGCAAAUUACAUUCAUUCGAUACGGAAACGAAAAAAUGGACGGAGCGUGGGAUGAUUUCGUUAAGGAUCAAUCAAAGUAGGGCAGGCUUUUCAUUAGCACAUCGUAUUGUUGGACGAGCAGUGGGCAAUCAGCGCGUACUGAUUAAUUCGCAAAUAUUUCCGGACAUGAUUGUCGAGAAAGUUUCGAACAAGCGUGUUAAAUUUUCGGCCACUGUGCCAGAAUCAGAAGUCCCAGUACUUUUUCUGGCAACGGGAUCGGAAUAUUUUGCUGCAGAGCUUUUUGAUACAUUGAUGCAGUUUGUGGACUACAGAAGAAGCCACGAAGCUAUGAAAAGGAAGAUUUAUUAUGAAGAUUCGGAGGAUGAUGAAGAAGCUGUACCGAACAAGAUUCCCCCAACUUCGUAA